GAGGGAGCGACAGCCUCCGGAAAUGCCGGAACCAGCCAAAUCCGCUCCUGCCCCGAAGAAAGGUUCGAAGAAAGCUGUCACCAAGACACAGAAAAAGGGUGACAAGAAGCGUAGAAAGACGAGGAAGGAGAGCUACUCCAUCUACGUGUACAAGGUGCUGAAGCAGGUGCACCCGGACACGGGCAUCUCUUCCAAGGCCAUGGGCAUCAUGAACUCCUUCGUCAACGACAUCUUCGAGCGCAUCGCCGGCGAGGCGUCGCGCCUGGCGCACUACAACAAGCGCUCGACCAUCACGUCGCGGGAGAUCCAGACGGCCGUGCGGCUGCUGCUGCCCGGCGAGCUGGCCAAGCACGCCGUGUCCGAGGGCACCAAGGCUGUCACCAAGUACACGAGCUCCAACCCUGGCUGAAAACCACGGUGCUGCUUGUUUACUCAGAGAUCCGUCGGGAUUAUGCUGUAUAUGACCUUUAGAAGAUAACG